GUGAAGUGCCGUAAAGUCCACUUUGGGAAUAUAAUUAAUAAUUUAGUAGUGUUUACAAAAUAACUGGAAAAAUGAAUUAUUACAGCUUUGCUAUUGUUUUUAUACUUCUUCAGCUGAAUUCAUUCCUAGAAGCUAAACCCAGCGGCAGUACAAUUAAAAUGCAUCCUAGAUGUGACAAACAAACCUACUGCAUGGACAAACCCGAUGACUACCCACAGGCAGAGUUCGAGGCGAUUUUAUCCAACUUGAAUAUAAAAGUCGUGAACGACAAAGAAAUUGGAAAACGAAUUGGACCGUCCCUAUUAUGUGACUCUCAGGAUUCGAUCAACCCAAUCUACCAAAUAGUUGAUGUGGACGGCAAUGUACGUUAUGUAGCGCAAAUUGACAACGUCUUCAUGCAAAAAUAUACCGUCCGCAAAUGCAGAAACCCUGAAGUAAAUCCAUUAUCAUUGAGCGGGAGCUUGGACUUGUCCAAGCUGACCUGCAAGGACAUUAUCGUGGCUCCCAGCUUCCUGGUCCUGUCUGAUGACCGGCAGAAACUUGAAGUGGUCUCCAUAAAACAGGGCAUCCCCAUGGGUUGUACCUGCAUAAUGCAGGAGUGAAUGUGCUUAAUUUCUUACUGAGUCAUACAAUGUAACGGACGGGAGAAAGUAAAUACAAAAAUUGUAACUGUGACCGAUUCAAACCCAUAACUCUUGGCAAGCUGAGUUUAUUGCUAUAAAAACAAAAAUAUUUUUAUAGCGGAGGGCCCCCUCAUCGGAGCGCUCUGUAUUUAUCCUACCACGUAAUGAAUACCUUCCGAUGAAAAUCUACGAUAACUGCAUCAGGUCCAUCAAAAAUAAAAAAGGAUUCCAUUGUACUCUGCUGCUCUUU